AUGUCGAGUCCUUCCCCUCCUGACACUUCAGUUCAGCCAGCUAAGGCAGCAUCCUCAUUUGAUGAUAUUGUCUCCAAUGAAAAUCACCAUAUCGAGCAGAUUGAAAAAGUAUCAGCUAAUGAAUCUGCUUCUUUAAGCCAUGAUGCUGGCAAUGAGCUUCAUAUCGAUAACAUUCUAAAAGAUUUUACACCGGAUGAAGUGAUGGCUAAAGGACGAGCUUACGCUUUAUCUUAUGGCAUGGACCCUGAACUUUUUGCCAGAGGGGCUCUUGUAGCUCGUAGUCCUAAGGAGUUUCAGAAAAUGCUGCAUAUAUUGAAGGAUGAUGAAUUGGAGGCUCUUGAAUUCGAGAGUACCCACAAAUGGCGUGCCGUUCCAAAGAGUUUGUACUCUGUCAUCAUUAUGUGUUCUGUUGCCGCUGCAGUCCAAGGAAUGGAUGAGUCGGUCACAAAUGGUGCCAACCUCUUUUGGCCUUAUGCUUUGGGGAUCGGGGCAGAUACUUCUCGUAAUACUUGGUUACUUGGUUUGUGUAAUAGUGCUCCAUAUCUUUGUUGUUCCAUGGUCAGUUGUUGGUUAACUGGCCCUUUGAAUGAAAAGUUUGGCCGUAAAGGUACUAUAUUUAUCACUUGUUUCAUUUCUUGGUGGACCUGUUUUUGGCAGGGCUUUGUGGACUCGUGGUAUCACUUAUUUGUUGCGAGAUUUUUUAUGGGUUUUGGUAUUGGUCCAAAGUCAGCAACAGUUCCAAUCUAUGCGGCUGAAACCACGCCAGCAAAUAUUAGAGGAGCGCUUGUUAUGAUGUGGCAAAUGUGGACCGCUUUUGGUAUUAUGCUUGGUACUGUCUUUAGUUUGGCGUUUUUUUAUGUUGAUAAUUCUGCAGGUCUUUCUCAUGCAGAAUUUGCUGAGCGGAGUGAUCACAUCGUUUCUAAAGGGCUCAACUGGCGUCUCAUGUUGGGUUCAGCCAUGCUUCCAGCUAUUUAUGUUUGCUUCCAAGUGCUCUGGUGCCCUGAAUCUCCUAGAUGGCUAAUGGGUCAGAACAGACAUAAGGAAGCUUAUGAAGCUUAUGAAACCCUUAGAAUUCAUCCUAUCCUUGCUGCUCGUGACACAUUUUAUCAAUACGUUCUCUUUAUUGAAGAAACUUCCAUCACCGAAAAAGUCUCUUAUCCUCAAAGAAUGAGAGAGCUCUUUACAAUUCGUCGUAAUCUUAAUGCAGUAGUUGCUUCUUGCAUUUGUUUCUUCAUGCAACAAUUUUGUGGUAUCAAUGUCAUUGCCUACUACUCAUCAAGUAUUUUUUCAGAGUCUGGAUUCUCCACAAUUAACUCUUUGAUUGCCUCUUGGGGUUUUGGUAUGGUCAAUACUGUUUUUGCACUUCCUGCGGUGUUCACAAUUGAUACAUUUGGCCGGAAAACUUUAUUGAUGUUGACUUUCCCGUUGAUGAGUAUAUUUCUCCUCCUUACCGGUUUUGCUUUCUGGAUUCCCGAGUCGAAUAAGCACGCUCAUGUUGGGGUCAUUGCCUUUGGGAUCUACAUAUAUUCAGCAAUCUACUCGAUUGGUGAAGGCCCGGUUCCUUUCACGUAUGGUGCUGAAGUUCACGAGUUGAAGUAUCGUUCUGAAGGUAUGAGUCUUGGGGUAGCAACUACUUGGUUCUUUAACUUUGUUCUUGCGAUCACCUGGCCAUCGUUAUUGAAAGCCUUCAAGCCUCAGGGAGCCUUUGGUUGGUAUGCUGCAUGGAACUUUAUUGGGUUUUUCUUGGUUCUCUUUUUCAUGCGUGAAACUAAAGGGUAUACUUUGGAAGAAUUGGAUUAUGUGUUUGAUGUUCCUAUGCACGAAUUUACAAGCCAUGAGGUCCGCAGCUACUGGAGAAGAUUCGAGAUUCAUGUCUUGAGACGUAAAUUGCCAAAGUUGCCACCAUUACAUGCUACACACAUUGCUGCUCCCCAUGAAUUGGAUGAAAAGGCUAUUGGUAAGCAUAUUGAUCGUGCUGCUUCUGAAGAUAGCCACUAG